ACACACACAGAGAGAGAGAGUUGGCCCAAUUCAAGCACAACCAUGCUGAUCAAGGAGUAUCGCAUCCCCAUGCCGAUGAGCGUGGAGGAGUACCGCAUUGCUCAGCUCUACAUGAUCCAGAAAAAGAGCCGAGAGGAGAGCUGCGGCGAGGGCAGCGGCGUGGAGAUCCUGGAGAACAAGCCUUACGAGGACGGCCCCGGAGGCUCGGGUCAAUACACACACAAGGUCUAUCACAUCGGGAAACACAUCCCGUCCUGGUUCUGUGCCAUCCUGCCUCAAGCUGCCCUUCGAGUGGAGGAGGAGUCCUGGAACGCUUACCCUUAUACACGAACCCGGUAUACUUGCCCAUUUGUGGAGAAAUUCUCUAUAGACAUUGAGACGUAUUAUAAACCAGAUACUGGAAAUCAAGGAGAUGUCUUCAAUAUGUCGUCUGCUGAAAAGAGACAGAGGACUGUAGAUCCUAUAGACAUCGUUAAGGACUACAUCCCUCCUCAUGAGUACCUGGUGGAAGAAGACCCUAAACUUUACCAGUCCAUCAAGACCAAACGGGGUCCGCUGUCAGAGGACUGGAUCGAGGAGAUUAAUCAGAAUUCGGGUCGGAGCCCCGUCAUGUGUGCCUACAAGCUCUGCAAAGUGGAGUUCAGAUACUGGGGCAUGCAGUCCAAGAUCGAACGCUUCAUACAUGAUGUGGGUCUGCGUAAAGUGAUGGUUCGAGCCCACCGGCAGGCUUGGUGCUGGCAGGACGAAUGGUACGGACUCACCAUCGAGGACAUCAGGCAGCUGGAGUUAGAAACCCAGCUGGCUUUAGCUAAGAAGAUGGCUCAGUACAGUCUCAGCGAGGAGGGGGGAACAGAGACCAACGGCUCCUCUGUGAGCCAGGACCAGGAGCAAGGAGCUGAGACUGUGGGAACGACUGUAGAGGCAGAUGGAGGAGGAGGAGGAGGACUCACCAAGCAGUGGUCGACUUCUUCUCGAUCCUCCAACAGGUCGUCUAAGAGAGGAGGAAGUCCGUCUCAUCAGAGCAUCUCAGAGUGGAGGAUGCAGAGUAUCGCUCGGGACUCGGAGGACAGCACAGACGACGAGUUCUUUGAUGCUCACGAAGACUUUUCCGAUAACGAGGACAUGUUUGCCAAGGGGAUCACCAAGUGGAGCUCCAAUGAUCUGAUGGACAAAAUAGAAACAAUAGAAGUGGAUGAAGCACAAGAAACUUUGUAUCAGGAGUCGGGCGGAGACUACGCAGGGAUGAGUAAUGAGGAGACGCAGAUGGAGGAUUGUUCGUCUCAGCAGUGUCUUCAGCCCUCCAAAAUCCACGUGCUCAUUCUGGUCUUGCAUGGAGGAAACAUUUUGGACACUGGUUCUGGUGAGCAGAACAACAAGCAGGGGGACGUUAACACCCUCAGCGGGGCUUUUGAGACCGUCAUGAGGGUCCAUUACCCGACAGCGCUGGGCCGCCUCGCCGUGCGUAUGGUCCCCUGCCCCGCUGUCUGCGUCGACGCGUUCUCGCUCGUCUCCAAUCUGAGCCCUUACAGCUACGAUGAGAGCUGCCUGUCCAGCAGUCAGGAUCACAUCCCGCUGGCCGCUCUGCCGCUUCUCGCUACCUCUGCACCUCAGUACCAGGACGCCGUGGCAACCGUCAUCCUGAGAGCCAAUCAGGUGUACAGCGACUUCAUCAGGUCUUUAGAGGGAGCGUCAUUCACCGGCCAGGUGUGCGUCAUCGGGGAUUGCGUCGGAGGUAUCCUGGGAUUUGACGCUCUGUGCAGCAGCUCUGUGACGGUGUCAGAGAGCCAAAACAGCAGCAGACGAGGCAGCACCAUCAGCGUACAGGACACAGACCUUCUCUCUCCAGGUAUCGUCAUAAACAGCGGCUCUCCUUCCUCGCCGACCCUCGAAGGGAGCCGCCACCUCAGCCGCAGCAACAUCGACAUCCCUCGCUGCUCGGGGCCCGACGACCCCAAGAAGCAACUUCCACGCAAGCGCAGCGACUCCUCCACGUACGAGCUGGACACCAUCAAACACCACCAAGCCUUCCUGUCCAGUCUUCACUCCAGCGUUCUCCUCGGGGAACCAGGAUCACGACGCUCCAGCAACAGCACCAUGCUGGAGGGAGGCUCUUUGGGAAAGUUCGACUUCGAGGUGACUGACUUCUUCCUGUUUGGAUCUCCGCUGGGGUUGGUGCUCGCGCUGAGGAAGACUGUGGUGCCCACAUUAGAUGUCUCCGCUCUGCGUCCGGCCUGCCAGCAGGUUUACAACCUGUUUCAUCCAGCCGACCCCUCUGCCUCCCGCCUCGAGCCUCUCCUGGACAAGCGGUUCCACGUGCUGCCUCCUUUCAGCGUCCCCCGCUACCAGCGCUUUCCUCUGGGUGACGGACACUCAGCUCUCCUGGUCGAGACAGUGCAGAGUAACCCUCAGCUUCUGAUGGAGACGGCCGGCACAGCUUCGUCCCACCGCUGCCAGGAAAACACCAUCAGUGAGACGUCGAUCCCUGUGCCCGUCCUCAACUGGCAGACCUCGCAGCCCCACGCAGAGAUGGACAGUCUUCACUCUCACAUUUUUGUUGACGGCCCGUACCCGUCAUCCACAUCACCGGGGGUCCCUCACCUUCGUUACAACCGCAGGGCGAGCGAGGCCAGCAUAGCCAGCCAGGUGUCAGGCUUAGCCGACUCUUACACCGCCUCCAACAUCGCCACCACACACAAACACGAAGUCACCCCGACUAAAAGGCCCAGCCUGCUGUCCCAGCUGUCUCUAACCUACAGUAAAUGUCGGAGCCCCUCCCCUCGAUUACGCAAGAAAAGAUCCACCAUCCGUCAGGUGAUCCCGAGAUCCAACGGUGUCUCAGACGCCCCCCUGAGCUCUGACACGAACUCUGAUCUCACCAAUGUCACCCCUGAUCUCUCCGAUGUCUCCUCUGACAUCACUGACAUCAGCUCUACACCCCCGUCACUCGGGGUGCUGAAGAACGUAGAGCAAGUUGCCUCUCGGUGGUGGGGCAGUAAGAGGAUGGACUACGCUCUCUACUGUCCUGAUGCUCUCACAGCGUUUCCAACGGUGGCUCUGCCUCAUCUCUUCCACGCUUCCUACUGGGAGUCUACAGAUGCCGUCUCUUUUCUGCUCCGACAGGUGAUGAGACAUGAGAACUCCAGCAUUUUGGAGCUGGAUGGUAAAGAAGUGUCUGAAUUCACUCCGUCCAAACCUCGAGAGAAGUGGCUCCGCAAGAGGACUCAUGUUAAAAUUAGGAAUGUGACGGCCAACCACCGUGUGAAUGACGCCGUGUUCACGGAGGACGGCGCCCAGAUGGUGACUGGACGCUUCAUGUACGGCCCUCUGGACAUGGUCACCCUUACUGGAGAGAAGAUUGACAUCCACAUCAUGACCCAGCCUCCCUCUGGAGAGUGGGUGUACUUUAACACGGAGCUCACCAACAGCAGCGGUCGUGUCUCUUAUGUAAUCCCUGAGAAUAAAAAGCUCGGUAUCGGAGUUUAUCCUGUCAAACUGGUGGUCAGGGGGGAUCAUACAUUUGCAGACAGCUAUCUAACCAUCGUACCACGAGGAACCGAGUUUGUUGUGUUCAGUAUCGACGGAUCGUUCGCUGCCAGCGUGUCCAUCAUGGGCAGCGACCCGAAGGUCCGAGCUGGAGCUGUGGAUGUGGUGAGGUAUUGGCAGGAUUUGGGCUACAUGAUAGUUUAUGUAACGGGUCGUCCUGACAUGCAGAAGCAGCGUGUGGUAGCGUGGCUCUCUCAGCAUAACUUUCCUCACGGCAUCGUCUCCUUCUGCGACGGGCUCGUUCACGACCCGCUCAGACACAAGGCCAACUUCCUCAAAACCCUCAUCGGCGAGGCUCAUAUGAGGAUCUUCGCUGCUUACGGCUCCACCAAGGAUAUCUCUGUGUACACCUCCAUCGGUCUGCCUGCGUCUCAUAUCUACAUCGUUGGAAGGCCCACGAAGAAAAUGCAGAACCAGUGUCAGUUCAUCCCGGAUGGCUACGCCUCCCACCUGUCCCAGCUGGAGUACAACCAGAGGUCCCGUCCUGCCAAGUCCGCCAGCACUCGCAUGGUCCUCCGCAAGGGCAGCUUUGGGUUGGGAGCAGCAGGGGGAGACUUCCUCCGCAAACGCAAUCACAUCUUUCGCACCAUCUCCUCCCAACCCGGAGCGACUGGGUCUGGCUCUCCCAACCAGCCGGGCCGGACUGAGCGCACGCUGAGCCAGUGCGAAAUGGAUCGGGACCGAGGCAUCGCGGCAGCAUCUACGCAGAGGAGUAUGAGUAUAGCAGCUGGGUGUUGGGGCCGCACUGGGAGCACCAGGGAGGGGAGCGGAGGGUUGCUCGGCCCCAAGUAAGGUUCA